UGGAAGAAAAUAAAACCCAAGUCGCGAUUCAACUGAGGAUUAGUCCAACUGAAACAGUCAAAGCAACAAGACACACGCACAGAAUGUUAAAUAGCAACAAUAUUUAGACCACUGAGGGAUAGUUUAAAAUCGUCUUCAAGAUUGGACUACGAAAAACGAAACUCGUUUCUGUUUCUAAUCAAAACCCGUACAAAUUAAAAGGAAUAAUUUAUUAAGGAUAUUAAAACGGGGUCUAUUGAUUAACAUUGAUAGAAUGGCUAAAACUGGAUAUAAAGUCUUUUAUUUACUGGCUUUGUUAAUACAGGUGGUAACAGGUAUAAAACAGGUAGAAGUAAGAAUAACCAGGUUUGAUAAUCGAGAUGGUGAAUUACAGAAUAAUUCAUGCUGUGAUGAUAUCUGCGUGUGUAAAACGGUCAUGAAGAUUUGUAUAUUUUAUAGAAAUCCUAGUGAAUGUGCCACUAGCUACGUUACUAGUGAUAGUUUGGGUGGUAAUGUAAUUGUUGGAUCACGAUCUGUCAAACUCGAUAAAGAACAAUUAACUGACGACUUUGGUUUAAUAAUACAAAUGCUACACAAUGGAACCCGUGGUGAAGAACUUAUCAAUCAAUAUAGUAUUGAUCUUAGUGAUUUAACAACCGGUGCUAGUAUAUAUGAAACCCGAUAUUCAAACAUGGAAUCAUCUGUUGGUAUUUACCCACAGAACAAGGCCACGUUACAAAUACAAGCCAGGUUAUAUUGUGCUGAUAAUUAUUAUGGACGAGAUUGUACUAGAAAAUGUAUACCCGAUCCUGAUAGAUAUGAUUGUGAUGCCGAUGGUAACAGAGAAUGUAAUAAUAACUGGACAGGACCCAACUGUGAUAUUCUGAGUCCCUGCAGUAGUUUCCCAUGUCAAAAUGGCGGUAGAUGUUUUAAUGUGGACAGCGGCUCGACGAUUUCUUUCAGGUGCGAGUGUAAGAAAUUAUACACUGGAACAGAUUGUAGUUUGGGUGUUGAUGAUUGCAUUAGUCAACCAUGUAGUAAUAACGGUACCUGUAUUGAUGGUAUAGGGGACUAUAGUUGUACCUGUCCAGGUGGACUGACUGGUAAAAAAUGUGAUUCAGAUAUAAAUGAAUGUACCCAGGGUACCCCAUGUAACAAUGGUGGCACGUGCAUCAAUACGUUUGGAUCGUAUUUAUGUCAAUGUGCGUUUGGAUUCUCUGGUUCUAGCUGUGAUGUAGAUAAUGAUGAAUGUGCCUCCAAUCGUGCAAUCUGUCAAAAUGGAGGAACCUGUGUUAAUACACCUGGUAGCUAUACCUGUAAUUGUAGAAGUGGAUUUUCAGGAACACAUUGUGAAACAGCAUUCAAUGAUUGUCGAACACAGAAUUGUGAAAAUGGCGGUAGUUGUGCCUUAUCGGUACGGGGUAACUACGAAUGUCAGUGUAGUCUCGGUUACAGUGGUACGAGAUGUGAGAGAUAUGUUUGUGACAGUAACCCAUGUGAGAACCUCGGUACCUGUGUUCCAACGAGUGCUACCGGGUUCACCUGUUUAUGUCGUUCUGGGUUCUCUGGCCCUACCUGUAAACAGUACAACCCUUGCAAUCAAUCACCUUGUCAAAAUGGUGGAUCCUGUUCUGUUCGUGAUGAUGAUUAUGUCUGUACCUGUCCACCAGGUAGCGGAUAUACAGGAACCAACUGUACCGACCGUCCAUGUUCACCAAGCCCUUGUAAAAAUGGUGCCACAUGUUUUGUUACCGGGAAUUCCUACAUUUGCCGAUGUCCUUUAGGCUUCACCGGAGUCAACUGUGAUGAGACACCCUGCGAUCCGAAUCCAUGUGGAGCAAACGGCAACUGUUUCCUGGGAUUGACCGGGUAUAUCUGUAGCUGCCGAGCCGGUUACACGGGAUCCACAUGUCAACAAAGAGAUGCGUGUUACAGUGGGCCCUGUAAAAAUGGUGCUCAAUGUUCUGCACGAGGUUCCACUUAUAGCUGUGAUUGUCCUGCUGGAUUUUCUGGACAGAAUUGUACUGUCACCUCCUGCUCCCUAAAACCAUGCGCUAAUGGCGGCACCUGCUUAGUGAACGGUAACGGGUAUUAUUGUUCAUGCCCAGACGGCUUUACCGGCACCAAUUGUGAGCUCAGUCCAUGCGCCCCUUCUCCAUGUGUAAACGGCGGAUCAUGUUUGGUGUCUCAAGGAACAUAUUUUUGCAGAUGUCGUUUAGGAACAGCCGGAGUAAAUUGUGAAGUUAAACCAAGCCCCUGUUCCUCUGCCCCUUGUCAAAAUUCUGGACGUUGCAUUGAUGGUUUAAUUACAGGCUACACAUGCGAUUGUCCUCGUGGAUUCAACGGCAUCAAUUGUCAGAUUAGGGACAGGUGUGCCUCUAAUCCUUGUCAAAAUGGUGCUGCUUGUUAUUCUGGUAUCUCAACCUUCUCGUGUCAAUGUUUGAGAGGAUUCACUGGGAAAACCUGUGGACAAACUAUCAACAGAUGUGAGUCCAAUCCCUGUGAAAAUGGUGGAGAAUGCAUGACAACUACAACUGGAUAUUUCUGUAAUUGUGCUGAAGGUUACACGGGCACCAAUUGUAAAGUCUUCACUCCUUGUUCUUCUGAUCCUUGCAAAAAUGGAGGCAUAUGCUCACCGAUAUCAAAUGGCUACUUCUGUGCAUGCCCUCAAGGUUAUGAAGGCUCCAACUGCGAAAUUAUAGACCCGUGUAGUCAAAGUCCCUGUGAAAAUGGCGGGUUGUGUAGAAAUCUUGAAAAGGGAUUCCAAUGUAGUUGUAAAGCUGGUUAUACUGGUCAAUAUUGUGAAGUGGCUGCAGGCUGUACUCUCAACCCAUGUCAAAACGGCGCAAGAUGUAUCCCUGUGGGAAAUACAGAUUUCCAGUGCGAAUGUCUUGUCGGUUUUUCGGGACAGAAUUGUGGAGAAGCAACCGGCUGCCGUCUUAAUCCAUGUCGUAACGGCGCUUCGUGUCGAGCGGUAGGCAGAACUGGAUUUCAGUGCGAAUGUCUGACAGGAUUCAGUGGAGCAACUUGUGACGCUCUCGCUGGAUGUAACUUAAAUCCUUGUACAAACGGUGGUACGUGUCGACCUAUUGGUACAUCAGGAUUCCAAUGUGCUUGCAACACGGGAUAUUCCGGACAGUUUUGUGAAGUUCUUGCUGGCUGCCGAUCUAACCCAUGUGCCAAUGGUGCCGAAUGUCGAGCUGUCGGCGACACCGGAUAUCAGUGUGCAUGUCAGAAUGGGUUCUCAGGACCAAGAUGUGAAAUCAUUUCAGGCUGCGCAUCGAAUCCUUGCAAUAACGGAGGGUCCUGCCGAUCUGUGGGACAGAAUGGUUUCCAGUGUGACUGUAAAACAGGAUUCUCUGGUCAAUUUUGUGAAGAGGCCUCCGGGUGUAAUCUCAAUCCUUGCUUGAACGGUGCUGCCUGUCGUUCAUUGGGAAGGACCGGGUUUAGAUGUGAAUGUCGUACAGGGUUUUCUGGUCCAACAUGUGAAGCAAGAUCUGGCUGUAACCUUAACUCGUGUGUUAACGGAGCUACAUGUACGCCAGUGGGUAGUUCUGGUUACCAGUGUAAGUGUGCACCUGGGUUUACGGGAAGGAAUUGUGACAAACAAGAUAAGUGUUACGCUAGACCAUGCGCUAACAAAGGAGUUUGCUAUGUCUCUGAAAACAGCGUCACUGGUUAUUCAUGCCAGUGCCUCCGCGGAUUCAGUGGACCAAACUGUGAGAUCAGCUUGAGGGAUGCUUGUUCGAAUAAUCCGUGUUUGAACGGAGGACAAUGCUCACCAAAUACCCAGUCUCCUCAAGGUUACCUCUGUCGUUGUCCAGCAUCAUAUGUUGGUGACCGAUGCGAAUCCCCUAAGCUACCGCCAGCAACCGACGGCCCUUGUUAUUCAUCGCCUUGUCGUAACGGUGGUUCCUGCGUCAACGAAGGAACGGCAACCUACAAAUGCAACUGUAUUGGUAAUUUUGGAGGAAAGAACUGUAUGCAGAGAACUAGCGCGGAUUGUCCACUUCAAUGUUACAAUGCUGGCACAUGCUAUAAAGAUGAGACGGGUCAACCUAGAUGUCGAUGUCCCAGUAUUGCUGCUGGAACUCGUUGUGAAAGAGUAAAUCACAACUGCGUGACGCCUUAUGGUCAUUUUCCACAUCCGAUUUCGUGCACCCUGUGGAUACACUGCGCCCAUGGUACCCCGUUUGUGAAGGAAUGUCCAGCAAAUCUGCAUUAUAACGAACGACUGAAGGUGUGUGACUGGUGGACCAGUGCUGGAUGCAUCGAUUAUCCAGUGUAUAAAAAAUAGUUUCAAGUUCCAGAAGAUAAUAAUAAUACUGGUUUUAUGAAUUUAGUCUUUCAACCUCAUAAAAUUAAAUAAUAUGUUAUAAUAUAGUGUAUAAUAUUAGGACAAGAUGAAAAGACUUACUUCUCGGUGACAAUUAAUUGUGAAAAUGGAGUAAAUUGUGUUUUAAACCCACAAUUUAAUAAUUCCUUAGGCUUGUAUCAAAAUGUAUAUUUAUAUUUAAAAUGCGUGGAGUUAUAAACUUUCGAGGGGUUUUUUUUCUAGAAUAUUUAUCAUUUUACUGGUCUUCUCGUUUGGUAUGCAAUUUCACAAUCUAAACUUUGUCGAUCAUUUUAUAGAAAAGUAUGACGAAAAUAGACGAGGCAUUCCGAUUGUCACGCCGGAACUCGCUCGAUUCACUGAGCAAACAACUGGAACACCACUCUAAUAGAGUGAAAUGUUGAUCGUUGUGUACGCCGUGUUCUGUCGGUGCUGUUUUAGGGAGUACGACUGAUCUACGAAUCAUGGACAACAGGAUCACGAACUUCCUGUAAUGGUUACGCAUGAUGGUGUCACGGUUUGAUUCGAUCUUAAGCUUGGCGGCGUUCCUUUAUUUUUGGCAGUCUUGCCUUCCCAUAUUCAGAAGGAACCAACUCAAACCGGGUACCAAACAAAACCCUGAUGCGCAUUCCUUUAAUGUUUGCUACGGUUUGACUCGAUCUUAAGCUUGGUGACGUUCCUUUAUUUUUGGCAGUCUUGUCUUUCCAUAUCCACAAGGAGCCAAGUCAAACCGAGUACCAAGCCAAACCGUGACACCGACAAAGUCUAAACUUGUUCUGUAAAGGUGAAUCGAGUAGAUGAUGGCUUAUUGUAUUUAUAACCUGGUAAUGUUCUAUUUUAUUCUUUUAUAUAUAAGCAUAACAACCGUUUUCAAGAGAUAAAAAACAACUUAUUUAAAUAAGCAUAAAUAUAUAUGUACAUAAACUAUGUACAGAUGGGGGUUUAUAUAUAUAUAUAUUAUUUCACUUUGUAACUUUUCGUUUCGUUUUGUCUAAUUAUUUCGUUUGUUUCGAUGUUAAUAAUUGUAUGUUUCUCUCUAACCAAUGUCAUGGACCUGGGCGUCGCUCGUUGUUGUCGUUCUUCUUGUAGCCGUUGUUCUUUUUGUGGGUUAUAGGCCUGCAGCCAGAAUUUCUAGUGUGAAAUUCCGCUACAUGGCCUUCGUAACUAAACAAACUAUACAUUUAUGGAAAGCUUAUCCCACUCGAAACACAGAUCCGAGAGUUCCAAGGAUAAUGUUUGCAAUAACUCGUUUUAAGGGCUGAUGAAAAUCGUCAUAAUUGUCAAGUAAAUGCUAUAUGUGUACUAACAAUUGUGAAGUUGGCACAAAAAAUUAAAUAUUGGUGAAAACACCCGAUGGCUCCGUCCUUGGUAAAGAAUAGGGUAUUGGUUGAAUUUAAACAAAAAUGCCGAAAACAUAAAGGACUAGGGGAAACACGGAAUUUUGGAACCCUCAGAAUUAUUAGUUGUGACCAUUUUCAUCAAACCUUAAAUCGAGUUAUUGCAAACAUUUUUCUUGGAACUUUCGGAUUUGUGUUCCUGAUGUUAUAUGCUUUCCCAAAAUGUAUAGUUUGUUUAGUUAUCAGGACCAUGUAGCGGAAGUGUGUUUCUACGCAAGCUAGAAAUGUUAGCUGCAGGUUUAUAACCCUCUUCGAAAAAAAAGACUAAGAUUCCGCCAAUUUCAUUCCGAUCGAUAUGAAACUUGGCAAGCUAGUUCCUUGAAUAAUUUUCAUUGAUGUUUCUAUGACGUCACAAUUCCAAGAUAGCUUUCUUAACGCCAUGCCCAGUUCCCAGGUCAUAAUACGUUCUUACCAAGACUACUCGAUUCGGUUUAUCACUAGUAAUACUAUAAUCUGUUAAAUUAACUAACCGUAACGAUUUGAAAACUUUAAGUCAUGUGUUCAAUAUUUUUGUCUCCCAUUGUAAAUUAUUAUUGUGUUCUUUUCAUUUUCAUUACAAACAAAUCGUGGUAAUAAUGCCAUUUAAAAUUCAAACACUUCACUUACUGGAAUAUCUGAUAGCUCUUCUCAUUUAGUCCGAGAAGUUCAUAUAGUCACAACUAAAUCGAGAAAUUCAUAUAGUCAGCGUUUGUUCAACUUACCCUCCGCUUCCAUCGUGGGUGAUAUCGCAGACAAGGUGUAGCCACCUAAUUGAUGGUAUUUCAUAUAGUCAACAAAUCGGGAAAUUCAUAUAGCAGCGUUCGUUCGUUCAUGGGGCUUAAUUACGUUCUCUUCCACCGUGGGUGAUAUCACAGGCAAGCGUAUCAUUUGGCUUUACGUUUGUAAUUAAAGGGGCAUUAUUAUUUUCUAUUUUUCAAGGAAAUGCUCUGUCAAAUGUUUCAUAAUUUUCACUGCAUGCCAAGAAAAAAAACUUGGAACUUUAGAAACAAUAAUUAUUCUAGUAGCUUAUUUAUAUUUUGAAUUUAGGCCGAUUUAAUACAAAAAAAUCAAUUUCAAAGAAAUUGUUUUCUGUCAAAUAUCAAAUAUGUUUUUUCUAACAGCUCAUUACUCAAUCUGAUUAAAACACAGAUCCUAUUUCGUUUCGUUUUUAUAGUUCAAAAUUUCGUUUUACUUGUCAUUACUACAUUAGGAUCUUGAAAAGUUGUUAUGAUUGACGUGUUCUGAAUGAUGUGAGCUAUUAGCUAAUGAAACGGUCUGUUACGGCGAGCUUUAGGCGUGUUUUGCACGGAACUGUAGUUAAUCAAAUGUUUGACGUCAUAGGGUCAAAAGCCGAUCGUAUGACCUCUGACGCGACCUAUCGCUACAAACGGUCAGAUUUUCGUAAAGUGUAGACCAUCGAAAGUUUAAAAAAACCGAAACGAAAUAUAGAUCUGUAUUGUAAUCGGAAUGCUCAGUACUAUUUCUAAUUUAAGCUUAAUCAAUGAAAAUUAAUUUUAAAAAAAUUGUUAUGUCAAAAAUCGUUUUUCUAGUAGCUUAUUCAUAUUUUUAAUUAGUAAAAAUUAUUUUUCUAAGUUUUCAAGAAAAUGUUCCUUGUCAAAUGUCUCGUGUUUGUUUGUGAAUAAUUUGGGGGAUUUUUUUAUAAUAUUAUGUUUGUGUUCUGUUUUCCGUUUUAAGAAAUGUUCUGUAUAUUUGAUGGAAUUAAUGAUUCAAAUAAAUGAAAAUAAAAUUUGUAUUUUUUAUACCAAUUCAAA